CCUACACAAUGGUGGUUUUCUACCUUUUUUCAUUCCACCCCACAAAUUAUUAUUAUUAUUAUUUUUAUAUUUCUCAAUACAUUAUAUGGUAAAUGAAAUGGUCCUGCCCUUUUGUGCUGGAGGGAUGUCCAAUGCGGCCAAAACCUUCACCUAUUAAACCAACAUUUUUGGGGGUCAUAAGUAUAAGUGUUGUAAUUCCUACAAAGUAUAAAAGCUGGUGACGUCCUGUAAGUUAGUUUUUGUGAGGGGUUGUAGAGAAGCCGGAGCUCUCAUAUAGGGCACAUUGUGGGGCACAGACAUCUCGUGUUGGCAGUGGGCAGUAGUAGAGAACAGAUCUCCUCUGCAGCCCUUAGUAUCACAAGAAUUCUUCAUGUAGGUAGUUUUGAUAAUAACUUUAUAUUAGGGGUUAUUUGUGAUAUUUCCAUAUACAGAUUUGUUGUAUGGAUAAUUUUAAUACUUAUAAUACACCAGCAGCCAAAGACAUGUGACAUCAUCAAUAGAACCUGAUGACAUCACAGAUGGUGGUCGGUUAUACCACUCCACGAUAUAGGAAAACUCUUCACUUUCUGUUAGUUCAGAUUGAAAGCGCUUAGUUUUUCUAAGAGUGAUAUAUAUUUCUAAAUCUAAUAUGACGAGCCCAACCCUGGCUAUCCUGCCAUUGUUUUGGGCAAUAUGGACCUUCGUGGGUGUCCUGACCACCUUCACCAUGACCAUCAUACAAGGUCAUUACCAAACAGGAAUCAUCAGCAUCAGUGACACUGGAGAAUAUUAUCCCGAAUCGAUCGUGCUGGCUAUAGUGUCCACAGUAUCUACUCUGCUAGAGGCCGGUAUUGUGUAUAUCGUUUACAAAUCGAUGGAGAUCCAGGCCCUGAAGAGAAGCUUUUGUAGAGUCACCUGUCAAACAUGGAUGCUGACAUUCGGGUGGAUGAUGUGCAUCGGAAACCUGAUAACCCCAUUUCUACAGGAUUCACCAAUGCUCAAUAAUAGCUGCCUUGCGGUUUUAUCAAGUACAAUCAUAUACGGAGGAAUAUCUGUGGCAACUCAGUUGUACCCAGGCUCCAGGGACCGCAAAUGUAGGCGCAUUACUACCACGGUGCUGGCGGUGAUCAUCUUGCUGGCUAAUAUUAGCCGGCUGUCCUUUAAAAUGAGUGCAGUAUAUACCUGUACAAGUGACUACUGCACACAGUCUUCCAAAAUGACACUGACUAUCCUGGAGUGGAUCGUAUUAGCAUGCUCCUGUAUAAGCCAGAUAUUGCUAUAUUGGGACUUCCAGGUUCUUACUACGACAACCAAGAGGAACAUGAUAGACGCCAAGAGCAUCUUGAGAAUUGAUCCAUUGACAGUGCCUCUAUUAGAUGGAGCAUUAGAGGAUCAACAACAUCACCUGACACCAGAUGAAGCAUCAUGUGACUAUGUUACAGUAGAGCUAUUUUCGGCAGAUGAUACAGCACCAUAAGACUAGGAGUGAUAGGUUCCCCCUGGAAAAGCCCCUCCCCCCCCCCCCCAAAAAAAAAAAAAUUGAUAAAUAGAUCUAUCUAUCUAUCUCAUAUCUAUCUAUCCAUCUAUCCAUCGUGAGAAGGUGAAGGGCAUGGUGGUUGAUGGGCGAUAUGUGUCACCAAGGCUCCUGGCCUUGGUGAAGUAAGAGCCGGUAUUUAUUCAGUGUCUGUGCUGCAAUGCAGUCUGACACUAUGGCUGUUGUAUGGCUGGAAGGCCAAUCCGGGACUGCUCUUACUGGGAAUGACCAAGUGCAGGGUGGGGGUCAUUCCCCACAAUCCAGGCCGCCUUUUGUUGGCCUUAAAGGCAGCUUGCUUCACCAGCUGAGUGGGGUUUGCUAGUUGCAGCUCAAACUGACAGAGAGAGCUGCAUGUGGAGUUCUUCCCUGCGUUUGUUCCAAGGUUGGAACCUGGUGAACAUUCUGCCUGGAGGCCUAGGAAAGACUUGCUUGAUGCCGCAUGGCAUGUUCUCAGGUGUGAACAAACACCUAAGGAAUAUUGGUGGACUUUUGUUACGUUUUCCUUGGUUCUGCAUUUAAAGACUUUGCUUUGUGCCAAGUGUGAAUAAAACACUGAACUAUGAUUUGAAAAGUCCUGUUUCUUUGCCUACAUAUUGCAACUGCACCUAUUUGCAAGAGGGAGUCAUUACACUAUAUAUGUAAAUAAAAAUGCACAUGCUAGCACCUGUUGUCCUGUGUGACGCUGCUUCCUUGUGACUUUUCUAUCUAAAUAAAUAUAUUUUAUUACUUGGGUUUCCUUGUUUUAUGUGUCGAAAUAUUCUCUAGCACUGUAUAUAGAAAGACAUGUCAUUUAGGGCAAAAAUUCCUUAGUAGGUGUCAGGUGGAUUCUGGCCACAAGAUGUCAGCAGCAGAUUCUUAGAGUGCUGUAAGUUCUGAGGUGUGGCCUCCAUGGGUCAGACUUGUUUCACCAUUGCAUUCCCGCCACUGAUGACCCUGUAUAAUGCUAUGCAAUAGGCACAG